AUGGGUCCUAUUUUAAUCGCCAUUGAUCUUACUUAUUUGACGGAUUGGAUCCAUCGUUUUCAUAUUGGUGAUUUCUAUACUUAUUUGACAUUUAUUGGCAUUAUUAGUGCAUGGAGUGUAUUUGGGCUUGUCAGUGUCUUUAUGUCUCCCAAACUAUUCAAUGUGUAUAUGAUUGGCCUUAUUAUUAUCGUUGUCAUUCAUUUUAUCGUCGGAUUUGUUCAUGUGAUGCUGUUGUUUACAAAGUACAGACCCUUCUUGAUCAACUCAUGUCUUCAAAGAGAUCCUUCACGCUUGUUCUGGUGGUCUUUGGGGUUUGAAGACACAGAAGAAAUGAAACAGAUCUAUAAUCAUUGUUCAAGUCAAUGGCAAAAUUUCACUACAGAAAGAAUUGUCUCUUGGUUCGUCUACAGUGUGAUUUCGUUUAUCUGCCUCUUUUUUGUGAUCCGGUAUCAACAUCAAUGGGUAACUAAGCAUCAACAAGGCCUUGAUCAGGCAGAUGAUUGGUCAGAUGAUGAUUCCAGCUUCAAUGAAAAGAAAGCAAGAUCUCAUUCCAUUACGUAUCAUCAAGUUGAGUUUCCUCAAGGAGACAACAAGACACCUCAAGAAGAUGUUAUUUCUGCCAAUAUGUAUCAACAGCGUCAACGACUGUUUGAUGAGAUUGCCAAGCGCAAACGAGCCAAGAAGAACUUGAGUGGUCGUCGUCGAUCGCUUGGUAGCAACCCGGAUUCAAGCCGGAAUUCAGCUAUCAUUGUUCAUCCUCUUGAUUUGGCACAGGACCCUGAAUCUUAUCAUCCUCCUCCUAUGCCUCCUCAGACAGAAGAAGACACAUCUUGGAGUAGAUAUCAUCAAGGAAUUGAGCAAGAAGAGGCUAUUGACCGUCAAAGACGAUUGGAAGCCUUGUCUGCUGAACGCAUGGAAUAUGAAAUGUACCGCUCUGACAUCAGAACAACCGAGAGUGAUGAUGAAGUAGUUACAGGCGGCACGUCUUAUCGAAAGCGACCCAAGUCUGGUCGUUGGUCGACUGUGUAUGCUAAUAACAAUAUUUAUACACCGCUUUCGGAUACGAAUCAGCAACAGCAAGAAGAUCAAGAAAACGAUCAAGAAAACGAUCAAGAAAACGAUCAAGAAAACGAUCAAGAAAACGAUCAAGAAGACGAUCAAGAAGACCAAGAAAACCAAGCACUUAUGGGUCCAGAGAAUUAA